AUGAGUGGUCCAGGAAAUUCUGAUUCCGUUAACGGUGCUCUGGCUGCCAUAUCGGUGCCUGCUACGGCCCCUGUGACAGCGUCGGGCUCGGAAGAACAUAUCCAGCAAAAGGGUCAUGUGCCAGAAACAGCCUCGACGAGUGCUGGAUUGGGUGGUGCGACUGAUUCGACAGCUCCUAGAACUGGGGCUCACGAUCUGUCUCAAAAUGGGAAGGGUGUGUCUGCAGAGGCUGUCAAUGGAGCCAGUGUCGUGAACCAGCAACAGCAGCUGCUGCAGCAGGAGUGUCAACGACAGGAGCAACAACAGGAAGAACAGCAGAUACAACAGAUACAGCAGCAACAGCAGCAACAACAACAACAACAACAACAACAGUUACAACAGCAGCAGCAUCAACAACAACAAACUUCAUCACAGACGACACAUGUAGCAACUCCGUCGACUCCUUUAUCACCAAGGAACGUGAAAUUCGUGUCUCGAAACUUUUACGACUGUCCUAUGAACGACCUGGUGCGACUGGUGUCAUCCAUGUUGCAAGAAUUAGUAUCAUUAAACGACGCACUGCCGUUUAAAACUGACCAACUGACAAGAUUCCAUUCUCGAUCAGCUCCUGGCAUCUCGAUCCAGGACUAUCUGAUACGUAUUAUCAAGUUCUGUACUCUGGAAAAGUCCAUUGUGCUCAGUAUCAUCUAUUUUAUCGACCUGCUGUGCACCACCUACUCCAAGUUCAACAUCAACAGUCUGACUGUACAUCGUUUUAUGAUCACUGCCGCCAUGGUCGGUAGUAAAGGACUGUGCGACUCGUUCUGUACCAACUCGCACUAUGCUAAAGUCGGUGGUGUAUCCAAAGUCGAACUCAAUUUAUUAGAAGUCGAGUUUCUUACUCGAGUAGACUAUAGAAUAGUUCCUAAAGUGGAACUACUCAACCAGUAUUAUGAAAGCAUGGUCGCUCGACUGGAAGGUGUAUAUGCAUUUCCCGCUGAACCCAGUCCUGCUAGUGCUCUAGUCUCGUCACCUCCUCACGCGGGAUUAACGCCUCCUCCUUUUGAUCAUGACGUGCCGUCGGCCCCUGCCACUUUCAACGGCGGUAAUGGUUCUAAUACCACACCAACUCACUACAGUUUCGGUCAUUUGUCGCAUAUCAGCACGCCCAACCGUGCCUCAAGUCAACCUCCCGAAUUUACUCAGACUCCCACAGCGCAGUCGAAUCCAAUAUCGGAUUCUAACAUGACGAAUUCGGCCCACCAUCAUCGAUCUGUUAAAGUGACGUUGCGAGAAGCGGCUCUAUCGUUGUCAAAACUGAUGUUGCCAUCGGAUAUUGCCCGUAAAGAAGGCCGCAAAAACCGCUCGUCUGUGCUUAAACGACGAUUCUCCAGCAGUUUCUCUGGAUCCAACAAUUCCGCACCAGACCCCGUCACAACACAGUCAAACGAAACGGACCUGGCCACCGUCGUCGAGAACGACAUGCCUGUGGCACCAGCAGUCCCCGCCGACAUCACGGCCUCACUCAUGUACGACCCCGAAGGAUACCCUUCACCACGCAAAAAACCCAACAUCAUAGAUUCGGUCCCGUCAGGGCCCACCGACGUCUUUGACGAAGCAGACGUCGACCUCCCCAUGACUCCCAAGCGACCCAAACCAACCCCAUAG